CCAAUGGCAUCCUGACUCAUGCGAAUAUAACAACACUUUCGAGCACACUGCACAAUUCUGCACAAGAACAGUCGCUAACAUCGACGGGUCUGAUUCUGGGCGACAGUCCUCUCGUCACCCACCAUGGCCGCCCCAACAGACGCAACCUCAAAGUUCGACCUCAUAACCAAAAACCUCCAAGAAGUCCUCAACCCCGAAAUCAUCAAAGAAAUCCUCGACAAGAACGAGCGACCACUAAGCAUCUAUUGGGGCACUGCAACGACCGGAAAACCACAUUGCGGUUACUUCGUUCCCAUGUUGAAAAUCGCCGAGUUCCUCGCCGCCGGCUGCGAAGUCAAAGUCCUACUCGCAGACGUCCACGGCUUCCUCGACAACCUCAAGGCCCCGAUCGAAUUAGUAGAGGAACGGGUGAAAUACUACCGCCACGCCAUCACGUCCGCCAUGAAAGCCGUCAACGUGGACAUCUCCCGACUCAAAUUCGUGAUCGGAUCGCAAUACCAAACCCCGAAGGAGAAAGCGACGAACUACGCUUUCGACCUGCUGAGACUCUGCACCCAAGUCUCCUCCCACGACGCGAGCAAAGCCGGGUCAGAAGUCGUCAAACAAACCGACUCCCCACCCGUCUCGUCAAUCAUCUACCCCCUCAUGCAAGCACUGGACGAAGAAUACCUCAACGUCGACGCCCAGUUCGGCGGGGUGGACCAACGCAAAAUCUUCACCCUAGCCGUCGAAUCGUUGCCGCGAAUCGGGUUUCGCAAGCGAGCCCAUCUCAUGAACCCGCUUAUCCCUGGUUUGCAGGAGGGAGGGAAGAUGAGUAGUUCCGAUCCGGAUUCGAAGAUCGAUCUCAUCGAGCCCGCCGACAUUGUCCGGAAGAAACUCAAAAAGGCCUUCUGCCCGCCUAAACAGGUAGAGGGUAACGGUGUGUUAAGCUUUGUGGAGUACGUGCUCCUACCCGCCUCCGCACUGAAGAACAACGGCACGCCUCGUUUCGUUGUUGACCGCCGGGACGCGGAACCGCUCGUCUACGACUCGAUCGAACGAAUGCGGAAGGACUACGAGGCGGAUGUGUUAUCGCCGCAAUCGCUCAAACCGGCCGUUACGGAGGCACUUCUCGCGAUCCUGAAGCCGAUUAGGGAGGAGUACGAGAGCAGCAAGGAGUGGCAGGAGGUGGAGUUGCGGGCGUAUCCGCCUCCUCCGCAGGCGGCCAAGAAGGAGAAGAAGGUGAAGAAUCUGGGGUCGAGGUUUCCGGGAGGCAGGGCGGGCGGUGGCGAAGCGAAUGGGAGUUUGGAAGCCAAGCCGGAUGGAGAGGUGGUUGGUGAGGGGGCGCAUGAGGUUAGUGUGGGUAAGAGUACGGAGGAGGGGCUGGAGAAGUUAAGUCUGGCGCAGGAGAGUGGGAAGCAGUAGCAAUUAGUGUGCACGUCCGAAACAGUUCACAACUCGCAAGCAUUGUCAGCAGCUCGUCUUCUACCCAACGACGCGGUCCCAUUCAAUCGCGGCGUAUAAGCAGCAACAUAUUUCGAUUCCUGCGCUCCUUGGGUAUCAUUCAGCGUCAUAAUAUCCCAGUCAACAGUCACCCCGCUCUCUUCGCCUCUCCUCUUCACGCCCCCACCUCUACCUGUCCCCCUCUAAC